GCAGCGAAAAAUCAAACUUUUUAUACCAACGCCAGAAGAAGAAGGAGACUGAAGAAGAAAAGCAGCAGCAGAGGAAGUUGAAGGAGAUUAUAAGCAUAGCCGACGCGAUGCACCUGCUAAAUGCCUUCAUGGCGACUCGGAUGCUGACUCGAAACUUCGAAUCGGAGGUCGGCGAUAGCGGUAUAUCGUUUGGAUCGGUCUGGUGGUUCGUGUACGCUGGGAUAUCGUGCUUCCUUGUCAUCUUCGCCGGGAUCAUGUCCGGCCUUACCCUUGGCCUCAUGUCCCUCAGCCUCGUCGACCUCGAGAUCCUACGACGUAGUGGCACAUCCAUCGAGAAAAAGCAAGCAGCUGCUAUACUUCCAGUGGUGCAGAAGCAGCACCAGCUUCUCGUGACUUUGCUUUUAUGUAAUGCCGUUGCCAUGGAGGCCCUUCCUAUUUAUCUGGAUAAACUCUUCAAUCAGUACAUCGCAAUUAUCCUCUCUGUAACUUUUGUUCUGGCUUUUGGGGAGGUUAUUCCUCAGGCAAUAUGCACAAGAUAUGGACUUGCUGUAGGGGCCAACUUUGUAUGGCUUGUGAGAUUUUUAAUGAUAAUUUGCUAUCCAAUAGCUUAUCCUAUUGGAAAGGUUCUGGACUGCGUACUGGGACAUAAUGAAGCAUUAUUUAGACGGGCUCAGCUAAAAGCUCUUGUCUCCAUCCAUGGCAAAGAGGCUGGGAAGGGAGGUGAACUUACACAUGAUGAGACGACCAUUAUUAGUGGAGCAUUAGAUUUGACCGAAAAGACUGCUGAAGAGGCCAUGACACCAAUUGAAUCAACCUUUUCUUUAGAUGUCAACUCAAAGUUGGACUGGGAAGCAAUGGGAAAAAUUCUUGCACGGGGUCACAGUCGAGUUCCUGUCUACUCUGGGAAUCCCAAGAAUAUAAUUGGACUUCUUCUGGUAAAAAGUCUACUCACUGUACGACCUGAAACCGAGACUCCUGUCAGUGCUGUUUCCAUCCGCAGAAUUCCACGGGUUCCUGCAGAUAUGCCUUUGUAUGAUAUAUUGAAUGAGUUUCAAAAAGGUAGCAGUCAUAUGGCAGCUGUGGUGAAGGCUAAGGGGAAAGGCAAAACUCUUCCUCCAACUCUUGAUGGAGAAAAGUCUGAAGAGAACAAAGGCACUGCUGAGAACUCUCAAUUGACUACUCCUUUGCUAUCAAAACAGGACAAAAACUCAGAUACUGUUGUUGUUGUUGACAUUGACAUGCCUCCAAGGCCUAUUAAUAUGAUUAGGUCACCUUCUUUACAACGUAAUGAUGCAGCACGAAAUGGUUUGUCUCAUAUGUCGGAGGAUAUUGAAGAUGGUGAAGUUAUUGGUAUCAUCACUCUGGAAGAUGUAUUUGAAGAACUACUGCAGGAAGAGAUUGUGGAUGAGACAGAUGAAUAUGUUGAUGUGCACAAUAGAAUCCGUGUGGCUGCAGCUGCUGCUGCUGCUUCAUCAAUGGCACGAGCUCCAUCAAUUCGGAGGCUAACGGGGCAUAAGGGAGCAGUAAGAGAACAUUAUUUAUUAACCUGUUUUGGUCUGUUUUCUAUUAUGUGCUUGAGUGCUUCUUACCUAUCAGCUAAAGUAAGCUUUGCCCAGUGUGAAGAAGACAAGAUAAGCUAAGAUCAUUGUAGUGCCGAGAAUAAGGUUUCUAUAAGAUAGUAAUUGCAGAAAUUAUGGGGAAAUAGAAGAAACUCCCACAACACUUGAUGUGGUAGACUGGUGGCUUGAAUUGACAAACUAAUUAAGUGGGUCCCUGAUCUUGUGGUGGUGUUUUUAGGAGAUAGAACCACGAGCUAUUGGCACUCUAUGGUGGAAUUGUUUUUCGUUUUUAAUUUUUUAACCCAACUUUUUUUGAAUUGUAAUUCUCACCUGAUCAAAUAUAAUAAAUAAUUUAUGGAUUGCAUAACUUGAAAACGGGGAAUGAACUGAGUUUCUCUUUACGUUCGUGAAAGAGUUGGUUUGAUGCGAGUAGUGCGUAACUUCUGAAAAAUAUUUAUAACAGAACUUUACUUUCAAAUAAUGGGAUAAAUAUAUAAGAUUGGCUUUGAACUCUUUGCAUGUGGUAUUUGUUUUAGUUGAUAGGUCAAGUUUUUAUAUAUUUACUUCUGCAAUUUACUGCAUACAAAACACGAUUAUUUUCCUCGUGUACAUGCAGUCCUAGUAAUUGACGCAAAUUUUACUCUCUUUUCUU